AUGCGUCCGCCAACAGGGCAGCGAAACGGCUCGCCAGAUAUGACCGGAGCCCUAGAUCGGGGCCAUCGCACGGCGGGGCGCCUCCGCCGUGAAGAUGCGACGAGUGCAGUGUCGCGUCGGUCGCGGCCGAGGAAGAACGCGACGACGGGCACGGACGCCGCAGAAUCGCAUCCGCGCCUCCCUCGCCCAUCGGACGGCCCAGGCUCGCCGAUCGGCCUGGCUGCGUGCGAGCUUCCUCGAGUGUGCCGCCCGGCCUUCGCUCCUCGUCCCCCGUCGCACUGUUGA